AUGAGCUUCAACCUGGCACCAUCUUCCAGCAAUCAAGCUGAAGGCCCAUGUAUAUACCCCUCUACACCUCUUCAGCGCCCUUGCUAUCUUUCUGCUGCUAGCACUCCCAGCACUCCCAGCACUCCCAGCUAUCAUUCAAAUUCUCCUUCGGGCUCUCCGUUAGUUUCUACAACAGGGUCAGCAGCUGGCACCACAUCAGAUGCAGAUGAUGAUAUAUUUCCUCUGACACCUAAUUCCAAGGGUUCAUCCUUUGUCACUAACAAUGGAGCUGGGCUGCAGACUCUUCAUUGUCCUGAGAGCGAAUGUGGCGAUCCUCCUCAUCGCAGGAGCACAUCCUUUGAAGACCAAUAUCUUUUUGAACGAUUGUCAGGCAGGUCUGUUGAUUCCAAUGAUAGAUCGGAAACCAUCAGUGAGAGGGCUAAGGCUGCAUAUAUGAAUACUUUGCAACAGCUUAGCCCAACUUCUUUCCAAUGCGUUAUCCACUACCUGGAAGCCGUUCGUGAACGCCACCGCAUGCUCUAUCACGCCGCAUGUUGGGAAGUCUCAGAAUGCGCAAGGUGGGAAGCUCUUGCCCGCUCCAUGCAUGAAGAUUUAAAAAAGGACUACGUGAAUGCAGAGCAAGAAGUGCGAUUUCUACUAGAAAUCUUAGGUCAACGGAUGGCAUUGACCCAUCAUCCCGUCGCGAAUUGUUCUGCCGAAGUCCACACAACAGCAAGACUUCUGUCCAUCGAACCGAUGCUGUACUCUUCAUCCUAA